AUGUAUUUUAUCGAGUCCUUCUUUUCAGUUAACGUUCCCCUGGUCCAAUCCCGAAGCGAUGAGCAGCGAUUGGUCACCAGUGCUCGCCAAACCGACAAAAUCGAUGCUGAUGACCUGGUGGCUCUGGCAAAUCAGCUAAGCAGUGCUCGACAAUUGGUAAAAGGGAGAGCAUGCGAUCGUCUGAAGCAAAUCGCCGAUCAAAUGGAACAACUGCAUAUGGCAGCGAGAGCAGUUCUAGAGGAUGCUCAACGAGACGAGGAGCUACACAACGUCCCUUGCAACAUGCAGAAACAAGCCGGACGCAUUUAUCAUUUGUAUCAGAAGCAGGGAAGCAUGGAUAAGUAUUUUUCGAUGUUGGCACCGAAUGAGUGGGGAUAUCAGGAGAAGAAGGAGGAGUAUCUGGGAUCGUAUCGCUUGGAGUAUGAUAGAAGUUGGACACCGGUUGGUGAGAUGGACAAGAAGGAUGAGGAAGUGGCGCGGAUUCAACAGUACCUUCAACGGAAUGCUGGAGGCACGGGACGGCUCACUUGGGGACUUUAA